AUGGCGUUUCACACUAGGAGCUACCCCUUAGCAUACCCUGGGCAAUUGAUCUGCCCGACAUAUGAGUUAGGUGAAAAGAGCGAGAAAUCUCAAGAAAUUAUACGCUAUAUUCCUGGCGAUGGUGUUAUUGAAGAGAACUACGAAGUCAAUGGACAGGCGAUGAGAGCUCUGACAGCCACUGUUCUUGGGGAUGUGCGAUUCACAGAGCAGGAGUCUCAGGCAGUACCGACGGAGGGGAACGAAUCAAAAGACGUCACGGACGGUGGAGAACCGAAAAGUGAAAAAGAAGGAAGGGAAAAAGGAAAAGGAAAAGCAGAAGAAGAACAAGAAGAAGAUGAAGAGGUUUCCGAUGACUCGGAGCCCGAAAAGAGAUUCAUAGUAACUGUGACAGACGGAAAUCUAGCAGAAAAAAAUGUUACUGAGGAUUUCGCCAAUAAUUUGCCUCGUGAGGGCAGCAUUGUUUUGGCAAGAAUUACACGCAUUUCAUCGCAAAGGGCCAAUGUUGAAAUUCUGGCGCUCGAAAAUAAAAUCAUACCCGUGGACUCCGGCGUCGGCAGUAAUGGUGCUGGCGUGAGUGCUCCAGGAGGCGGUUCUGCUGCCGCCACUCUAUCAGUCUCUCAGGCAGCUUCGGAUUUGGGAGAAACCUUCAGGGGUAUUAUCAGCGCUCGGGAUGUCAGAGCGACCGACAGGGAUAGAGUAAAAAUCAUGGAAAGUUUUAGACCUGGUGAUAUAGUAAGAGCGCAAGUUAUAUCGUUAGGUGACGGCUCGAAUUACCAUUUAUCCACGGCAAGAAACGACCUUGGUGUAGUUUUUGCGAGAGCUUUCAACGGUGCCGGAGGUUUGAUGUAUGCUAUAGAUUGGCAAACGAUGGUGGCGCCCAAUACUGGGUUUAUGGAAUUGCGCAAAUGCGCGAAGCCUUUUUGA